AUGAGCGAUUCGAGCACAGCGACCAGCUCCACUGCCUCUCCAGAAAAUCCAGACUAGUAAGCGCAAGGACCAUUGGCUUUCCACUUUUCUCCACCACAUCGUCGACCGCUCACCUUUCAUCCCACCUGUGCUGUUCCGGCGGUGCACACGCACGCCCCUUUGCAGCUCCGUGUUCCAGAACUUUUCAAAGGGCGCUAUAGCGGGCAUAGUGAUCGGAAUCGUCGUAGCGAUCACCCUACUCGCACUCUUGUUGUGGUUCGUCAUCAGGCGUAUUCGACGUCGACAGCGCUCCACACCGCUCGGGUCUAUCGAGCGUCGGGCUCGCGAACGAGCGAUCGCUGUGGCGCGAGGAAAUCAGAGCGCAUCCACCAGUGAAGGGGGUAGAAUGCUGACCGAGGAAGAGUUGGCCUUGGGUCAUCUCAAGAGUUCCUCCUCCGCUAGCAGGAACGCAGUAGCUAGAGACUUGGAAUUUGCUACAGGCAGAAAUUUGAGCGCAGGUCAAGCUUACGCUGUAGGAUUGGACGGGAGACCCACUUCUGCUUAUACUGCACAAACAGCCUCCAUGAUGCACGGAGAUCCGGCAGCUGCGCAAACCGAGGAGUUUAGGGAUGGCGAACCUUGGCCACCGGCAUCGCUCGGGGGCAAGAACAAACGUUCGGCGAGGAGACAGACACAGGAUCAGCCACCUGGUCAAGGAGCAUGUGCGCACAUGUAG